AUGGGUAUUCCAUCUCUCCUCGGAGACAACAUCUGGACUCAAGUUUUCACAAUCUGCAGUCUCUCAACCCUCAUCUUCCUACUCUACAUCGUCUACUCCACAAUCUCCAACCUCUACCUGCAUCCGCUCUCCCCCAUCCCCGACCCCUUUCUCUGGCGCGCCAGCCGCCUCCCCUACAUCCUCUCUCUCAUACAGGGCAACCUCGUAAUCGACAUUCGCAAACUGCACUCCCACUACGGCGACAUCGUGCGCACCGCCUCCGACGAAGUAUCCUUUGCACACGAAGACGUCUGGCACGAUGUAUUUACCUCCGUCGGCGGCCACAAGCCAUUUCCUCGCGAUCCGGUAUUCUUCAAAUCACCCCCCGGACAGGCAGAAAAUCUCAUCACGACCGUGGAUGCCGAUACUAGUAUGUGCAUGCGACAGGUAAUCGGACCGGCAUUUACGGAUCGGGCGGUUGCGAAACAGGAACCGGUUUUGCAGACGUAUGUUUCGUUGAUGAUGGACAAGAUGCGGGAGGAGAUCCAGAAACCCGAGAAUGCGCACGUGGGCGCGCGGAUGAAUGUGGUGGAUUGGAUGAAUUGGUGGACCUUUGAUGUUAUUGGGAUGUUGGCGUUGGGAGAAUCGUUUGAUUGUUUGAAGGAGACGGCGAAUCAUCCGUGGGCGGUCUUGAUAUUUAAUGCGAUUAAGGUGAUGGCUCUCGCAGCCGCCACCCAAUAUUUCCCCGGACUGGACUCGCUAAUCCUCAAACUCUUUCCCGCUAGCACGCGUAAAAUAGGUAGCGAGACCACAGGAACUACUAUUUGUGGAAUCCUCAACUGUUUAGUGCAAAAUCCUCAUGAACUUGCGAAAUUGGAAACGGAGGUUCGCACGAUCUUUGAGAAGGAAGAGGAUAUAACGCUGAGCGCGCUUCAGCAAUUACCAUUUCUGAACGCGGUAGUUAACGAAGGAUUACGAAUCUGCAAUCCCGUUUCGGGAGGACUUCUCCGGAUCGUUCCUCGGGGCGGCGCAACAGUUUGCGGACACUUUCUCCCCGAAGGCACCCACAUCGCAUGCAACACCAUCGCCAUGGCGCUCAGCGAACACAAUUUCCACCACUGUCUCCAAUUCCUGCCUGAUCGGUAUCUCCCCUCCCAUCUCCGCCCCAGUGAAUACACCAACGAUAAUCGCAAUAUCCUGAAACCAUGGGGAUUAGGUUCACGUGUGUGUUUGGGACGAUCAUUCGGACAGGCAGAAUUGCGAUUAGUACUCGCGCGCUUGGUGUGGAAUUUUGAUCUGCAAGGUGCGGGUGGGAAGGGGGUGAAUUGGUUUGAGCUGAAGAAUUAUAUUGUGGUGCAGAAGGAACCGAUUUGGGUUGCCAUUAGGGAGAGGGGGAAGAUGUGA